AUGCCCUGCGUUCAAGCUCAGUAUGGGUCGUCACCUCAAGGAGCCAGUCCCGCUUCUCAGAGCUACAGCUACCACACCGCUGGAGAGUACAGCUGCGAUUUCUUAACCCCCGAGUUUGUUAAGUUUAGCAUGGACUUGACCAACACUGAAAUCACAGCCACCACUUCUCUACCCAGUUUCAGCACGUUCAUGGACAACUACAACACCAGUUACGACGUUAAACCACCGUGCUUAUACCAAGUGCCACACUCGGGCGAACAGUCUUCUAUCAAAGUCGAGGACGUUCAGAUGCAUAGCUACCAUCAACAGAGCCAUUUGGCACCGCAAUCAGAGGAGAUGAUGGCCCACUCCGGGCCAAUGUACUUCAAACCAUCCUCACCACACGCUCCAACCACACCAAACUUCCAGGUCCAGCCCAACCACAUGUGGGAAGACCCAGGGUCCCUGCACAGUUUUCACCAAAAUUAUGUGGCAGCCACUUCUCACAUGAUAGACCAGCGCAAGAACCCAGUGUCCAGGCUCUCUUUGUUUUCCUUUAAGCAGUCUCCACCCGGCACCCCAGUAUCGAGUUGCCAGAUGCGAUUUGACGGCCCUCUGCAUGUCUCCAUGAGCCACGACAGUCCAGGAGCGCACCGAGCCCUGGACGGCCAGAGCUUUGCUGUGCCCAGCGCCAUCAGGAAACAGGCGGGCAUUGCCUUUCCUCACUCUCUUCAGCUCGGUCAUGGACACCAGCUGAUGGACAGCCAAGUCCCAUCUCCGCCAUCCAGAGGCUCUCCUUCCAAUGAGGGUAUGUGCGCGGUGUGUGGAGACAACGCCGCUUGCCAGCAUUAUGGAGUGCGAACCUGUGAAGGCUGCAAAGGAUUUUUUAAGCGCACUGUACAAAAGAAUGCCAAAUACGUGUGCUUAGCGAACAAAAAUUGUCCUGUUGAUAAGCGUCGCAGAAACAGAUGCCAGUACUGCCGAUUUCAAAAGUGCCUUGUCGUCGGGAUGGUCAAAGAAGUCGUUCGGACUGCAAGUCUAAAAGGUCGAAGAGGCCGUUUACCGUCCAAACCUAAAAGUCCCCAGGAGCCAUCGCCUCCUUCUCCACCUGUCAGCCUAAUCAGCGCCCUGGUCAGAGCUCAUGUGGACUCCAACCCCUCCAUGUCUGGCCUUGACUAUUCAAGAUUUCAGGCUAACCCGGACUACCAGCUGACUGGAGACGACACACAGCACAUCCAGCAAUUCUAUGACCUGCUCACGGGCUCCAUGGAGAUCAUCCGAGGCUGGGCCGAGAAGAUUCCUGGAUUUGCUGACCUCCCGAAACAGGACCAAGACCUGCUUUUCGAGUCGGCCUUCCUGGAGCUCUUUGUUCUGCGUCUUGCGUACAGGUCUAAUCCAAUGGAAGGUAAACUGAUCUUUUGCAACGGAGUGGUUCUUCACAGGCUGCAAUGCGUCCGUGGAUUUGGAGAAUGGAUUGACUCGAUUGUGGAGUUCUCCUCCAAUCUUCAGAGCAUGAAUAUAGAUAUAUCCGCGUUCUCCUGCAUUGCUGCUCUUGCAAUGGUAACAGAGAGGCACGGGCUUAAAGAACCGAAGAAAGUGGAGGAGCUCCAAAACAAGAUAGUAAAUUGUCUAAAAGACCAAGUCACUUUUAACGGCGGUGGCUUGAAUCGCCCCAACUACUUGUCAAAACUUUUGGGAAAACUCCCUGAACUUCGUACGCUGUGCACGCAAGGCCUACAGCGGAUCUUCUACUUGAAACUUGAAGACUUGGUUCCACCGCCAGCAAUAAUUGACAAACUUUUUCUCGACACUCUACCCUUCUGA